UCUCUAUGGCUUACAUUUUUUUUUUUCUCUAAUAAAAAUAUGGCGGCUGUCGCUGAAACAGCCGAUAUGACGAUUCAAAAGAAUUCACAAAUUUUAGUUAAUGUUGAAGAAGCAUUAGCUGAUUUGAUCGUUGUUUCCUAUUGUAGUGAGAAUAAAAAGUUUCAGGGUGUUCUUUUGGACUCCACUAAAGGUAAUUUACCUUUCGGAGUAUAUAGUCUACACCCGGCGUUUAAAAAGGACUCGGUAGCUCCUGAAAAUGUCCAAGACAAGUUACAUUCCGUUAGUCAAAGAUUCACCUAUCAAGAGCCCCAAUACGCUACUGAAACUUAUCAGAAAACGAAGAAAGUCAGGCCGAAGGGCAAAGCACAACAAAGGCAAAAGAUGACGGUACGGCUCAGACCCCGGAAGGUCCUAUGUUCAAAUUGUAAAGGUAUAUGUAAUGAAAACAGCGAAAACGUGGACGUGUCCAGGAAACGCAAAUUAGAUUCAGAUGACGAGAUGAAUGAGUCUGAGUCAUUUAGUGAGAAAAAAUAUCUUGUAGGUGGCAUGCUUAUUCCUAAACUCUCACGACUGCAUCCAAAUGAAAUAUCAAAUGCUAUUAAAGGUAGCUCUAAAAAUUCUAGUAAGAGUGCUGAGAAGUCUAAUAGCAAAGGGAAAACUGAAAAACCUAAUGAGAGUGACAGUGUGACGAGAGAACUAGCUUUUGUGAGUGUCCCUGAAGGUGACAUGUUUGAUGAUAAACUAGAAUCAAAAGAUGACAACGAUAAUGAUGCACCAUUUAGCUCUAUGUUUUCAAGUGCUCGGACCCUAAAAAUUUGUUUUGGUGAAGGAGAGGGUACUGUUGUGAAAAUACCUCCGUUGACUGGUGAUUAUAAUGAAGAUUCUGGGGUUUCUUGUGAUAUGUCUAAGACUUUGAAACCCGAUGUAAAAGCUGCAAAGAAAGCCAUGAAAAAGGCCAAGAAACUAGCUAAGAAGAGUACAAUGGACAAAGAGAAAGUAGAGGUAUGGAUGGGUCAGUCUCCCAAGCAUAUAGGAGCUCUAUCACCAAGAAAUAAUGUUGCUAAUCAACCAACCACAGACCCAUUAGAGAAAAAGCACAAGCACAAAGUAAAACAUAAAAAAAAAUGUAAAACUCAGAAAAAACGUGAUGAGAAUACAAGUAAAUGUAUUGAUAGUGAAUCAAUAGAUUAUUUUAGUGACAUCAAAGACAAUUGCUUGGAUCAAAAACUGUCAAUUAGUGUUAGGAGAUUGAGCAGCAACUCUUAUGAACGACGUAAUGAACAGGAAAGUGGCUCAGAUGACUGUGAGAGUGAAGUGGUGCCAGAUUUUCCUGCAAGUGCUCCUGAAGGUACUGGUGGGAGAAUGCUGAGAGUAUCACCUGGGGACGUUGUUUGGGGAAAAGUAGUAGGGUUUCCGUGGUGGCCAGGAAGAGUUCUUAGUGUCACACCGACAUCACGAGCUCAUGUGGCUUGGUAUGCCUCAACAACCUCAUCUCUGAUGCCAUGUGAUAGCUUAAGUCCAUUUUUAGAAGACUAUAAGAUACGAUUUAAUAAGAAAAAGAGGGGUCCAUACAAAGAGGCUGUUAAACAAGCUACUAUUGAAGCUAAACGGAAUGAAUCUCAAGUAAGUGACCCCCUAGGGAGUCCGACACACCCUAACUUGACAACUAUGUCACCCCGACCCAUUGAUGUGUUCUCUUAAACACUUGUGAUUAUGUUAUACAGCCGAAUUUAUUAAAAUUCAUGUGAUAUUGUAGGGACUUGAUCAUCUGCACAAAUUUUUGUCUGGAACCAUACCAAAGUAUGUUUGUUAAAUCUAUAUGUUAUAUAGAUUUGUUGUAAAUAAAUCAAUUAGUGUUAUUUUAACGAUUAAGAUUUUUACUAUUUGUUUUCUUUAAGUAUUUGAUAAUGAACUUUUUCUCUGUUUAGCCUUUUCUUCAAAGGGACUUUUCUAUUUUGUCAAACACAUGUAGUAUUUUAAACGUACUGUUUCUAUCAUUGACAUUAUGCAAUAAGUUAUCUUCUGCUAUUUAGGAUUUCCUUCGCAGACUUAAAAUUUGUAUGUGAUACCUUAAAAUUAUUUUGUUGUUUUUGGUAUGGCUCCAGUGUCAGACCAUUUUAGUGGAUAAGUAAUAUUAGAUUAUGAUAUACUCGGUUGCAGAAACACAGUUCCAAUUAAUGAUUAAAUAAAUAAAAUAAUAAAAAACUUACAAAAAGUCAAUAAAAAUGGUUCAAAACUUUUUAUUAAAGUCUAUUCUAGACGGAUGUAAUCCAGCGUACAAACCAAGGUGACCUUGGGGGAACUUGGUUUCCAUCCGCGUUACGAUUUUCGGCUACACGGAUGUAAUCCUCGCGCCAACACGCAAUCGCGAGCCGUCUUCUGGCGUGAAAACACGUAUGCACUCGUAUCAUGCGCGGACUGUAUUAACCGUGUUGUAGAAAUGGCUCCAAAUUUGUCUAAAUUUCAAAAAGUGGGCUUUGCCUUAGCAAUUUUGUGUGCAAUAAACGACGAAAAACAACAAAUAAAGAGAACGUGGAUGAAGCGUUGAUUAAAAGAGCGAUUGAUUCUCAGCCAUUUAAACUUAUUGGAGUUACUGGACUUUGAGGAUAUUCAUAACUUCCUAAGAAGCCGACUACCAUAGCGCAAAUGUCUUUGGUUGGAUGUAAUCCGCUGGCCAAACGGUUGUAAUCCACGCGCUCCAACCGCGGAUGGAAACACGCGCCCAUAAUCCAAGGACGUUGAAGAUCAAAUCAAAAUUUGGAUUACAUCCAUCGUUUAGAUAGAUGGCAACGGACAAGGUCACCUUUGUUGGGAUCCUGGAUUACAUCCUUCAAGCAUAGGCUUUAGUCUAACACAAAGCAAGACAAAACAAGGUAGAUCUUAUUUUGUGUUAUGGGAAUACCUGUUAAUUCUGCCAUACAAUUUUGGCCAACUUUUGUGUUUCUGCAAGACAGUUUUGUAGCUAGCAGUCUUAUACUACUUUUGCAGUGGCAAUAGAAUAAUAAUAUGCCAUAUUAUGAAAGAAAAGACAGACAAAUAAUUACAUCUUUGAGUAUGCCUAUUUGUCUAAUAUCAUAACUGAUUGUUCCAAUGCUUAGGAUUAUGAAUAUUAUUAUAUCAUUUGGAAGUGGUCUCUAAACAUUAAAACUUUAGAUUGUAAGUUGUGAUUGUAUUUACGGUUUUGAGCUGAUAUGCUCUUAACACAAUUGGUUGUUGUAAAUGUGCAAUAAGUUGAUUACUAGUUUUUGCCUUUGUGUUAUUUUGAAUUGUUCUACGAUUGGAGUGAGGCAAAUUUAAUGUGGUGGACAUUGGAUAGCGUUGUGUAAAUAAUAGGUACCCCAUCUGAACAACAACUGAUCUAUUUCAACACACAGAUCAAUCAAAAAUGAUCUGUGUCCCAAGACAUAAAGGCUCAAUUCAUUUUAACAACUCCAAAUACAUUGCCAGUCAAGUUAAACCACAACAACCAUAUAAAAAACGACACUGAAGCACUGAGCCAUCUAAUGCUUAUAUUUUAUAGGAUAAAACAGUUUUGCAUCACAUGUUAUAACUUUAUAUUUCAAUAAAGCGAUAAUUCAUUAAUUUUAAGACUAUGAUUAAAUUUUUACUUAUUCUGGAAACUUUCAAAUAAAGUAUUAGGCUACUUAUACACUGCGAGUUUUUACGGCAAAAUAAACGCGUGUUAUAAAUUAGCGAGACGAAACGCAUCACUACAUCAUCAAUUGAAAAGUAUUUUUAGCGAUACAUCCUUAUAUUUGUAUUGAUGCUGAAUCACGUUUUAGCUCAAAAGAGAUUAAGCAACAACGAAGGGAAACGAACAACUAAUGCAUUGGGCGUUUCGUAGAAAAGAUAUUGAAAAAGUACACACUAUUUAAUAGAAGUGUAUGCUUUCUAGUUGCAGUUACUUUUUACUUAAACUGGGUCUCCAGUUUAUAAAUAUUUAGCAUGUUUUUCGUCGUGAGUUCGUGACCCGCUUAGCGUUUGCGUUUGAUUAUAUAGCUGCAAAAAAUCGCAAUAUGUAAAAGCCCUAAGACUUGUUACAAUAUUUCUUACAAUAAUUAUAAUUUUCUGAUUCAUAUUUUGAUAUUAUUUUAGUGACUUAAGAGUAUGUUCAAAACAGAAAAAAGUUUUAAUAAAACUGUGUUAUAGGCCAUUCCGUUUUAAGAUGUCCUCUUGGUUUUGAGUUAUUUGAAGAAACCUUACUUUUUUGUUGAUUAUCGCACUUGGGUAAAAUGAUCUAUGUCACUAAGAAUAUAAAGUUGAUUGUUUUGCGUGAUUUUUGUUUCGCUUUUAAAAAUAAACAUCAUGUCGUUAUUAUUUCCAUAAACCAAAUAGACUUUCUUAAUUGCAUUUGAUAGGAACAUAAAAUCACUUAUAAUAUUUAUUAUUUUAAAGCAUGUAACUGCUUGAUGUAUAAAUCUAAAGAAAAUAUAACUAGAAAAAUUCCACUCGGACCAGGCAGCAGACGGGACUCGAACCCGCACCCUUCGCAAUCCGGGCGAAUGCACUGACCAAUUAUGCUACCGCGGCCCUCACGGACCGCGUCGAAAUUCUUCUAGCCAUUCUUAAGCUGCAAGGCAGCGCCAUCUCUUCGCAUUAUAGGUAAUUUUUCUAGUUAUAUUUUCUUUAGAUUUAUAAAAUCACUUCUUUAUUUCGUUUGAAAAUUCAAAACCGAGAGUAAAUCAAUUAAUAUUAUUGUUAUUUAAUUUGUAAGCUCCCAAAUUUUAUAUUAUUUACACUUAUUACUUAGUUACAAUCCAGUAACUGAUUUAUUAUACCAUUUCUUUGAAAAAACUUUUUAUGUACAUUCUUGAACAACAAAUGUGUCAUUUUGUGGCUUUAGUCCAUUCGCAAAUCAUGUGUCUGAUUAUUACUUUGUUAUAGAAAAUUUAAUUUUGUGAUUUACUAAGGUUCACAUCUGCCUAGCAUGUUUAGCACAAUGAAAUUUAUCAUUUGAAGACAUGUAGUUCUCUCACAGACUGCAUCGAAAAUAAAGUGAAUAUUAUUAGAAUUGUGAAAAAAAUAUGAAUUUUCUUUAUCCUAGUUAAAUAUCACGAUUACGAUUCUACUACGUGAAAAAAUCCACAUGUUCAAUGGAUUCCAAUGAAUAAAUAGUAACAUUUUAUAAUACUUACGUAUAAAAUUCAGAUGGUAUGGUGGUGAUACUAGAUCGCUGCGCUUACUUGUAUUUUUAGACACAUUAAUGGAAUAUGUACCUAAAUGUUCAUUGUAUUAAUGUUAGUUUUAAAGAGUGAGGUGACACUACUGAAUUAAAAAUUUGCCUCAACAAACAUUUUGUAUGUAUCGCAACACUGUUUUGAAUCGAUUGCAAUAAAGGACGGAUAUAA